AAAGAGACUAGGCAUUUCAUGUCAAAUUAUUCAGUAAAUAAUAGCAAAAACUGAUAUAUUUUUAAUGUUAUAUUAUUAUGAUUAUACACGGCGUGUGUUUAAGCAAUAAUAAUUAAAUCUCUAAUAGAAUCGAUGGUGAAUAACUUACAUUAUUACAUCGGCUAUCAAAUAAGAAAUGGAAAAGUCUUAAUUAAAAGGUAUUAGGAUGUGCUUCAAAGUGAACCACCAGUACUGUUGCGUCUUUAUCGGAGUGUUGGCGAUUAUUUUAGGACUUCUGGAAAUAGGAUUCAAGUCCGACGAGUUAGCGAAUUCGGAUUGGAAUACCAAUGCUAACUGGAAUAGUGUGAUGUUGACAUGCAUUAUAUCCUGGAUCAUCAUGAUUUUAGCCGCAGUUAUUCUCAUUGUAGGCGCUAUACUGAGAGACCGCAAGUUAUUGCUUGCCUGGAUAAUAGUCGCAUUGGUUUUCGGAGUAGCUCUGAUUAUUUUAAAAAUAAUAAUAUUUGCAUGCUUCCUUUAUAAGCAUAAUGUAGAAACCCAUCAACUUCUUUUUGGCAGUUUAACGAUAGUUAACAUAUUACUGGUAUUUUUAUUCGUCUACUAUCCUUAUGCAUAUAGGCACGACCUGGACGAAGAGCAGUACGAAUGAAUUUGGUUAAGAGGUUUUUUAAAACAUUGUUUUCAGGAUAAAAUUAAAAUAUGUGUACAAGUUUAAACAAUUAAA